AAGUGCAAUAGCUCACUUAAGUUUUCGCUUCUAGGAGGACGAUAUUGGCGAUGCGCUGGAUCCAACGAAGGCAGUCAUAGCGUAUGCCUAGUUCCUCUAUUUACAUGCUUUAGAAGAAGUCAUCUCAUUUGGCUCUUCAGUCUGAUGGGCACUACUGGUAGCGGGAAGAGCAGCUUCGUCAACACCGCAAGCGGAGGGAAGCUCCCUGUAGGAGAAGGCCUUCAAUCAUGCACAUCAUCUAUCGAUACCUCUCCAGCGUUUAACGUUGACGGGAAGGGUGUUGUACUCAUCGAUACUCCGGGGUUCGAUGACACGACGAGGACAGAUACGGAUAUCUUGAGUAUGAUUUCCGUCUUUCUCGCCGAGAUGUACAGAGGCGAUAAGAAAUUGGCCGGAAUCAUCUACCUCCAUCGAAUUUCCGAUGUUCGAGUGGGCGGAAUCUCAGCACGAAGCUUCAGGAUGUUUCGAAAGCUUUGCGGGGAAGAAAGUUUGAAAAACGUCGUUAUUGUCACUACCAGGUGGUCGGAGGUUUCUCUUGAUGUGGGUGAGGCUCGGGAAAAAGAGCUGAUAACAAAGGAUCUUUUCUUCAAAACCGUGCUAGAAAAGGGAGCCCGGAUGGUUCGUUACGACAAUACACCUGAAUCAGCUCACUCCAUCCUGAAGAGCUUGGUCGACAACGUGCCUUUACCUCUGCUCAUUCAGACCGAGGUCGUGGAUGAAAACAAGAAUUUGGGGGAGACUGCUGCUGGGUCUGAGGUCAACGACGAAAUAGUUCGCCUCAUUGCGAAGCAUGAACGGGAGAUCAAAGCAAUCAAAGAAGAAAUGGAAGAGGAGUUCAAGAUCAGAGAAAAUGCGGCACGACAGGCAGCGCGACAGGAGGUAGCCGAAGCAGUGAGGGCUUUGGAGGAUGAGCUGGCCCGACUUAGGGAAGACAGGAAGAGGCUCACGGCCGACUACGCAACACAUAAAGGAAAUUUUGAGCAGAAGGAGAAAGACGAUGUACAGGCUGCCCGCAAGAGGGUCGAAGAUCUGGAACGUGCGAUCCGUGACCUCAAGAAGGGUGCUCCGCCCGCAGAAAGGAAGAGCCUGCAACGCCAGUUGGCGGACGCAAACAAGCGAUUGAAGCAUUUGGAGGCGAAAGGAAGGAAACGUCGAACCAAUGAGUGUACAAUCAUGUAAAUGGCGCUGGUCCGUAUGAUCGUGUUCUUGUGUGACUUCGGAGAUGUACUGC